AGCACCGUAGGUGGCGCUAUAAACUAUCAGUAUGUUAUACAUCAUUCAAACUACCGCAGAAGAAGAAGAGCACACGUCACGGAGGAUCUGCGGGAAACAUGAACACGGUGCAUCAUGGGCUCAUCUCUGCUUUCUGUUGCUGAGCAGCUCUUGAGAGACCUUCAGAGAACGUACUCGGAGACAAAGCAGAUACCAGAUGACCUACUAAUAGCAUUGCAAUUUGUGUUCGGCCCAUGUGCUCUUCAGGCAUUGGAUCUGGUGGACCAGCGCUUUGUCACAUGUGUGUCCUCACCUAGCGGUCGAGAUGCAUUUCAGGUAUUAGGAGGAUCAGGGCGUCUGUACACGUGCUUCACGUCGUGCCACUACUGUCCGUGCCCCGCAUUCUCUUUCACUGUGCUCAGGAGGAACGAGAGUCUGAUGUGUAAGCACCUCCUGGCUGCCUGCCUGAGUCAGGCCAUGGGUUUGUGCCAGCAGGAACAGGUCUCAGAUCAGCAGAUGACCCACAUUCUCUCAGGGCAAACUGAGGUCAGCACAUAAAUAACUGAUCCUGGAGUAGAGAGAGACUCUGAUUAGAACACCCAUGCAGGAAUUGAGAUAUUUAUAGUCAUUCUAAUGGACUCAUCUUUAGAAAAAUGUUGUGUAUUUAAAUUAAAACCCAGUUUUUUUUUUUUUUUUUUUUGUAAAGAGAGAUGAUCUGUCGUAGAAUAUUCAAAAUUGCUGUGAAAGUAAAUAAAUAAACAAAUCUAUGUCCCUAAAUACCAGAUGUUUGUGUAUGCAAAAUCUUUCAUCAGUUGCCACCAGAGAAUGUACAUCUGUUCAUUGAGCAGCACGAUGGGGUUUAUUAUGGGAGUUUCUGUUUGUUUCAAGGUUCCGCACCCUUGACUGAUACUCAGCAACAAUGAGACCACAAGGCUUAAAUACUCUUUCGACUUGUUUUCCUCAGCCAAAUUUUGUUUUGCAUUCAU